AGAAAUUGGACCAAUGGUCACUUAUCCUUGGCCGCCCCAUUGACAGGCACUUGAUGCCCAAUUUUGAUCGCACAAAUACCACCGUCUGUCCGCCACAGAUGGGACGAGCCCAGCGGCUUUAUUAUGACAAGUGCGCUCCGGCAGCGUGUUGGAAUGUUCUCGUUUGUUGUUUUCCAUCUUCACGCACAAUUUGUCGUCACUUGGCGAUGACUUAAUGUAUUUAGCGAGCGAUGUUCUGGGACGGAGGCUGGAACUGGGACUGGACCAGGCCACCGAGUCAGAGCCCCAGAGCUCAUUCACUCGCCGAUCGUCGCAGCAUUCGGAUGGCCGCCUCAUCCAUUUCCCUUCAUUUUCCGGCUGGUAUUGCCCAUGAGAACAGCAGCAGCAGUGGGUGUGGCAGCGGAACAGCACCGGAUUCGGAAGACUCCCAAACGGAAGCUGGAUUGAUGUCUUUUACGGGUCAGGACAUCAAAAGCCAUAACAGUCAGAGAGGGCGUCCACCCCGACAAAAAAUCAACGCCAGGGAGCGCUACAGGACCUUAAGUGUCAAUGCCGCCUAUGAAGCUUUACGAGGCCUAAUCCCUACAGAUCCUUUGAAUCGCAAACUUUCUAAAAUUGAGAUUAUUCGCCUCGCCAGCAGCUAUAUCACUCACCUCACCAGUACUUUGCAUACAGGAACUGACUGUCAGCCAUGCUUGAUGCACAAAUACGAAGGCGAAGGCCUCGUUAAACGCAUUAGCAUAUGUACUUUUUGCUUCACAGCUAAGUAACUUUUCAUAAUAAUUAGUUUUUAUUCUGUGUUUUAUAGUAUUAAGAUUAAUCUUUUACAUGAUAAUACAUUUUAAAAUGGAAAGGUAAAAAAUGCAUUAAUAAAUGGCCAUAUUCUUACAAAUAAUUCUUUGUAAGCAAAAAUUAUUCGAUGUAUCAGUCUCUAUAAUCUGAAAAUCAAAUGUCGCGAACAAGUUUGCUUGAAUAAUUGCACAAAUAAAGGCAACGCCAAGGCAUCGGAAAGAACAAAAGUACGUGCACAUAAAUUGUAAAAAGUUCUUGUAAUCUAUAUUGAGUCAAGACUAUAAAUACCGCACAUAGUAUUUACCUUCUAUUCGUUUAUAAGAGAGCAAUCUGGCAGUGCAUUCUUCAUUUCCAAGAAGCUCAUCAACGCAAAGUUACCUAAAAAAAUGGAUAACAAGUCACUUUCUUUGAUUUUAUUCCUCCUUCUUUGCUUGUCCUUGAAUUCAUCAAGAGUUAAUGCUCAAUCGUUGAUAGAUACUAAUACUGGGGCAGAUACUACUGUUUCAGAUUCUGCAGCUAAUCCUUCAGAAACUACUACUUUAGGUACUACUCCAAAUACUACUCCAGAUACAUCUCCACAUACUACUUCUACUCCAGAUAGCGGAAAUGGAGCUCUAGGAUUGGUUCCAUUCACGUUUCUAAUAGUUUCAAUCACAUUAAUUAUUGGUCAAUUUAAUUAAUAUAAAGCUUAAUUGUUUGUAAAAAAAUUUGAAACAAAAAAACAAUAGCAUUAAAGACCUAACCAAUGUAUAAUUAUUUAAAAAAAGAUUUGUUGCAAUAGUUUUCUGUAACAAAAGCCAAUAAAAUGUAAUUUCCACGCAAAACAAA